AUGGCGAAUGGGAAAGAAGAAACACGUUUAGUUGUGGAAGAGAAAGCUGCCACUGCCAGGGGUGAACAACAUUCGAUCCAACAAAGAACUAUCCAGCAUUGGAGAAAAGCACUUCCGUUUUCGAAAUCUGCCAUCGAAGAUGAAGGACAUAGUAGUACCAAUACUGAUAAAACUCCUGAUCAACCAAAGUCAUUCCUUCAAGAAUGGUGGAACACCAUAUUUGUAGUAUCAUGUGUGUUGGCUGUCUUACUCGAUCCUUUGUUCUUUUACAUCCCUAUCGUUGAGGAGGAUAGGAAGUGCCUCAAAUUGGACAAAAGGUUGAAGGCAAUAUCCUUUGCUUUACGAUCGUUAACAGAUCUCUUCUACAUUGCCGACUUGAUGCAUCGAAUUUUAGCUAGACCUAAAGCUAGGACAACAAAAGCAGAGGAGGCAGUUCCUUUGAAAAGAAGUAAAUCCAUGAGUAUGAAUGUUCUGGCAAAAGCUAAGAGGAUUUUGCAAUCUUACAUCCUACUUGACAUUUUAGCUGUUCUACCCGUCCCACAGGUAGUACUUUCCAUCUUUUCAAAAAUGAGGGGCUCAAGAUCAUUGAAAACAAUGAAGUUUCUAAAUUUUCUUGUUGUGUUGCAAUAUCUGCCACGAGUUCUUCCCAUCUACCGAUUGUGUCAUGAACGUAAGAAGGCUGCUAAAAAGCCGGGCACAUGGGUCAAAAGUUUUUUCAAUUUCUUCUUGUACAUCCUUGCCAGUCAUGUAAUCGGAGCUCUUUGGUAUUUUUUUGCAAUUCAACGAGAGACAGUUUGUUGGCAAUAUGCCUGUCGAAGUGAAAAAGGAUGUGAACCUAAUACUUUUAGCUGUGAAUGUGAUGACCUUUCACCCAGAAAUAUCACAGUUUUAAAUGAUUUAUGUCCUAUAAAGCCAUCAAACGCAACUUUUUUCGAUUUUGGUAUAUUUAAACAUGCAAUUCAGUCUGGCGUGUUACAGUCGACAGAUUUUCCAGAGAAGUUUUUGUAUUGCUUUUGGUGGGGUCUCCUAAAUCUGAGUUCUCUUGGUCAAAACCUCCAGACUAGCACCUACGCAUGGGAAAACCUAUUUGCAGUUUUUAUUUCUAUAAUUGGUCUCCUACUAUUUUUAUAUCUCAUUGGGAAUUUACAGGUUUCCUGGGAUCUCAGACUCUGGUUUAAUUUCCUUCAAGUGAUCAUAAAUGAGUAG